AUUAAACUUUGCUUUACCUUUGACCCUUCUUUCUCUCUCUUCUCUCUCACAGCCUAUCACACCCACUGUCCCUCUCUCUCUAAGCCACCAAGAGAGAACAAUCUCUCUCUCUCUCAAACCAACGAAGCUGAGUUUCGUUUCUGAUUCUUCAAAUUUCAGUUUUACUCCUCAUGUUUGUUAGUUGAUUUGCUAAAUGGGUCCUAGGUUAUGUCCACUUUUUGUUGGUGUUUGAAGGACUAGAUACAAAUGGAUGCUAAGCCGUUGAUUUGGUCAAUCUAAUUUCGAUUGAAAAACUCUAGCAUUUCUGAUGGACUCGAAAUCCAUUGCUAAAGCUCUCUCGAAACAACAUCAGAAAACAUCUGAAGUGAAAGACCUCAAGUUUUCUUCACUGUCGCUUCAGAAAACAGGCAAACCUGAGUUAACUGCCACGGAAGAUUUAUCUAAGCAGAAUAUUGGGGAGAUUUAUGAAAGUAAGAAGUUUGGUGUUUCAUUCCAAAAGGGUUCGUCUGCAGAUUCAGUGAGUAAUAAAUUUGGUUCUGGUUCUGGUUCUUCCUCAUCCGCUCCAGGCAAAUCAUCUGGAGAAGCGGUUCGUGCUAUUAGUGGUAGCACGGGCCCACAUGAAAGCUCUGUUGAUCAAGAGAGAAAGACCUCAGAAUAUGGAAGCGUGAAGAGCAGUUCUGUUUCUGCUAAAGCUAGCGAUGGUGCCAGUAGUAUUGCAAAGACAAGUGGUAGUGCUAAGAUUAGUGAUCGAGCUGAUUUUGUUGAGAGUGGUAAGAGUAGUAUAUGCAGAGGAAGUACAAGCAGUGAUGUGAGUGAUGAGAGUACUUGUAGUAGCUUUAGUAGCAGUGUAAACAAGCCUCACAAGGCAAAUGACAUGAGAUGGGAAGCUAUCCAAGUGGUUAGAACUAGAGAUGGAGCAUUGGGUUUAGGCCACUUUAGGCUUCUCAAGAGGUUGGGUUGUGGAGAUAUUGGCAGUGUUUAUCUCUCUGAGUUGAGUGGAACUAAAUGUUACUUUGCAAUGAAGGUGAUGGACAAAGGGUCGUUAGCGAGUCGUAAGAAGUUACUUCGUGCUCAGACGGAACGGGAAAUUCUUCAGUCACUUGACCACCCGUUUCUCCCAACUUUGUACACUCAUUUUGAGACGGAGAAAUUUUCGUGCUUGGUGAUGGAGUUCUGCCCGGGUGGUGACCUACAUACACUUAGACAGAAACAACCAGGGAAGCACUUUCCUGAGCAGGCAGUAAAAUUUUAUGUGGCAGAAGUCCUACUGGCGAUGGAGUACCUCCACAUGCUCGGGAUUGUAUACCGUGAUCUUAAGCCAGAAAAUGUCCUUGUUAGGGAUGAUGGGCAUAUUAUGCUCUCUGAUUUUGACCUUUCCCUCAGAUGUGCUGUUAGUCCAACUCUUGUUAAAUCCUCGUCCAUAGAUUCGGAGCCUUUAAGAAGAAAUACUGGUUACUGUGCUCAGCCUGCAUGUAUCGAGCCGCCAUCCUGCAUUCAACCAUCCUGUGUGGCUCCUACCUCAUGUUUUUCGCCCCGACUCUUCUCUAGCAAAUCAAAGAAAGACCGAAAGCCCAAAACUGAACUUGGCAAUCAAGUAAGUCCUCUACCUGAACUCAUUGCAGAGCCCACCGAUGCUCGGUCUAUGUCCUUUGUUGGAACCCACGAAUACUUAGCACCUGAGAUAAUCAAGGGUGAAGGUCACGGGAGUGCAGUUGAUUGGUGGACUUACGGAAUCUUUCUAUACGAGUUAUUGUUUGGCAAAACUCCAUUUAAGGGAUCCGGAAACCGAGCCACACUGUUUAAUGUGGUAGGUCAGCCAUUGCGAUUUCCAGAAGCACCUGUCGUUAGCUUUGCAGCAAGGGAUCUAAUAAGGGGUUUGCUUGUCAAAGAACCUCAACACAGAUUGGCUUAUAAACGAGGUGCAACUGAGAUUAAGCAGCAUCCCUUUUUCGAAGGCGUGAAUUGGGCGUUGAUUCGAUGUGCUACCCCGCCCGAGAUUCCAAAGGCUGUUGAGUUUGAGAAGAUACCUUCCCCGGCUGCCUCGUCUGGCGGCGAAAAGGCUCCUGUUAGCCACAUGUCAACAACAACAGGUGGUAAUCAGAAAGGUUCUGAUAAUUAUCUGGAGUUUGAUUUCUUCUAGAGAUAUAAGACAAAAACAAUAUAUAUUGAUUGCAACAAAGAUGGUUUUCUAUUAGAGGUGGGAGGGAACUGUUUUUUCAAUGUUUGAGGAACAGAUGAUGAUGAGGAAUUGUAUGUUUGUUUUUGUUGUUUCAUGAUUUGUAUGGUAUCAUAAUUUAAUGAAUGGCUUCUCUGUCA